CCUUCAGUGCCUGAGGGGAUGCUCCUGCCACCCAGGGAAGUGCCUGCAGACUGUCCUUGCCCACCUGGCUGCACUUGCCCCUGUAUGCCAACCCAGUGGGGACAGGUUCUGGGGUACCUGGACAGAUGCCGCUACCUCUAGCCGUGGCUGGAUGGUGUUAUGCAGCCAAACACAGCUCGUGCUGCUCUCAGUAAGCCCAGGGCCUGAGAUCAUCGCAGUGGGGAGUGGGCACAGGGUGCACUCCAGACCCUCCCUCCUCCAAGCAGAGCUGAAAUGGGAGGGACCCCCUGAGACAGCCCUUGCCCUGCUAGGUCUUUAGCUCAGAUUACUGCUGUGGCCAGGCCCAGGAUUUCCAGUCCUGUGACUCUGAGUCCUGACAUCCUGUGGGAGGGGCUCUGGACACACUCCAUCCAGGGAUCCCUUCCUGCCGCCUGGGCAGCAACCAUGGGGACAAAGGGAGGAAGCAGAGUCCUGUUUCCUUGCCACUUGUCCAAGGCACUUCCCAUCCCAACAGUGGCCCCACCCAGCCCAGGAUUCUGGGUUGUGGUCUCGAGUACACUCCUGGUUAUUUUUGGGACUGGGGAUGACACCAGGACAUGUGACUGGUGGAUGGAACCAGCCUGGGAACAUCACAGCUGGGGCAGUGCCUAGGGCUCCCCCUUCCCAGGCAGACACGGAGAAUGGGGCCGAGGGAGGGCCCUUCCCUAGCCGCUGCAGCAACUCCAGUGAGCUGUUCUGGGCAAAGUGCGGCCCAGCCAGCAGCCUCAGCCCUGUGGUGCCGGGGGCCGUGACGGGACACAGGAAGGGGACACAGGAAGAGGCCAUGCUCUCCCUCGGGACCUGCUGUUCCAUGUGUCCCAAGCCCUCCGGCUUUCCAGACGGCCCCUCAGGAAACCACCUUUCCGGGGCCUCUGCUCCCUUGGACAGCCUCUCCACGUCCAGCUUCCCGUCUGUCAAGUCCAUCUCUAACUCAGGCCAGGCCAGGCCCCAGCCCGGCUCCUUCAACAAGCAAGAUUCGAAAGCUGACGCCCCCCAGAAGGCAGACCUGGAAGAGGAGCCCCUACUUCACAACAGCAAGCUAGACAAGGUUCCUGGGGUGCAGGGGCAGGCCAGAAAGGAGAAAGCAGAGGCCUCUACCGCAGGCGCGGCCUGUAUGGGGAGCAGCCAGCACCAGGGCAGGCAGAUGAUGGGGGCGGGGGCACACCCCCCAAUGAGCCUGCCCCUUCACCUGCGAAAACCCACCACACUGAAGCAGUGCGAAGUGCUCAUCCGCGAACUGUGGAACACCAACCUCCUGCAGACCCAGGAGCUGCAGCACCUCAGGUCCCUCCUGGAAAGGAGCCAGAGGCCCCAGGCGGCCCCAGAGGAGGCUGGGUCCAGCUCUCCCAGGGACCAGGAAGCCAUGCAUUUUCCUAAGGUCUCCACUAAGGGCCUCUCGAAGAAAUGGGAUGCCCACAGUGACAGUCCCUGUACCCGCCCCCAGCCUGCUUCUGAGCCCCCCUGUGGCGCAGCGUGCCGUCCUGCCUGCCCUGAAGCAGACCCCGAAGAACAACUUUGCCGAGAGGCAGAAGAGGCUGAAAGCAAUGCAGACACGGCGCCUGCGCCGCUCAGUGCUUUGAGCCUCCCACAUCUGGUCAGUGCCAGGCCCACCGACCUGCAGCUGGAGACUGGUUCUCUAUAGCAUUUCCUGGUACUUCACUACUUUUAGGCCUGGCUGAAUUCCAAGAUAGAUGACACUUAAAAUAGAUAAAGUACUUGAUCUCUAAACUAACCAUUUAUUUUCUGUUAUUUUGCUAUUUAGCAUUUACAUAAAAAGCACAUGAUGAAGUAGGUAUCGCUUUACCUGUUGAAACUGAAAAUAAAGCUUCUUUACUUCCAAGUUGUA